AUGUUCGCCUUAUCCCGCUUUCAUUUGUCUAAGCUUUCUGUAAGAGCUAACACAAACUCUCCCCAAAUUCUUAGAGCAAUGAGCAGUAAGUUCGGAGAAACCGCACCUUCUCCUCCAAAACUCCCUCAAAAAGAUCAGGAGGAGUUCGAGGCGCUCCAAAAAAUCGCAAACUCCCAGGCAGCCAUUGAUGAAUAUAACCGUCAGAUUGCUACCGAUGGAUUUGCAUCGGAGCCCACCGACUCGGCUCCAGUGGUGACUGCCACGGAUAUUGGAACACACGCAAAGUAUUUGAAGACGAUUCCGGAGUUUGAGGGCGACGUGAACCCGGAAACUGGUGAGGUGGGCGGACCUAAGCAGAACCCCUUGAGACACAAUGAUUGGUCAUAUAAUGGACGUGUGACUGAUUUCUAA